AUGGUUCUUUUCAAAGGCCGGAGAAUCCUAUCGAGCUACUAUCCCACCUCCAUCUCCCAAACCGACUCCAAAUCCAAACUUCCCGAAGUCUCCAACCUAACACUAGAGUCCGUCCUGAAGAAGACGAAGAAGAGGCACAAGUCGGACCUGAAUCGCCUCGAGCAUAUACGACCCCCACGCAUUCGACAUGACCGAACCAGGCGACCUUGCAUUCCCCCCGCUCUUCGCUCCGCGUUCCAGGACUCGCUAUCCACACACCACAUCGAGCUCCGGUUCUUCUCUGACCCUGGGACACAUUCCACCCCGAAACGCCUACGACCUCGUCCUCACCUCGGAAACAAUCUACCAACCCACAAGUCUCCCUUCCCUCGUUCGCUUGCUCAAAGACGCGACUUGUCCAGGCGGGAAAUGUCUCGUUGCGGCCAAGAUGUGUAUUUUGGAGUUGGGGGAGGGAUACGGGAGUUGAAGUUGCGUUGGAGAAGGGUGGGUCGAGUGUGA